AUGUUCUCCCGACUGGCUUCCUUUGCCAAACCCGCGGCCAAGUCCGCGUCGGCUUCUGGCCGAACCAUGCUUCAGGUCCGAUACCUGUCUGAGAAAGCUGUUGCUGGUAGCAAGGGCAGGACUAUGCCGUUCUCUGCUGCUCGAGCUACUGCUCCUGCUGCUUCUAUCCCCGCCACUCUCACCAUUCGAGACGGUCCUGUUUUCCAAGGCAAGGCUUUCGGCGCCAAUGCCAACAUCUCUGGUGAGGCCGUCUUCACCACCUCUCUUGUUGGUUACCCCGAGUCCAUGACCGACCCCUCCUACCGAGGCCAGAUCCUCGUCUUCACUCAGCCCCUGAUUGGCAACUACGGCGUUCCCUCCGCCGUCCGAGACGAGUAUAACCUUCUCAAGUACUUCGAGUCCCCCCACGUUCAGUGUGCUGGUAUUGUUGUUUCCGAUGUAGCUGUCAACUACAGCCAUUGGACUGCCGUCGAGAGUCUUGGCGAGUGGUGUGCCCGAGAGGGAGUUCCCGCCAUCUCUGGCGUUGAUACCCGCGCUAUUGUCACUCACCUCCGAGAGCAGGGCUCCUCCCUGGCUAGGAUCUCCAUUGGAGAAGAGUACGAUGCCGACGAGGAUGAGGGUUUCGUUGAUCCCGGCCAGAUCAACCUGGUCAAGCGUGUCACCACCAAGGCUCCUUUCGUUGUUGAGUCCCCCGGUGCUUCUCUCCACGUUGCUCUGAUUGACUGCGGUGUCAAGGAAAAUAUCCUUCGUAGCCUGGUCAGCCGAGGUGCUUCCGUCACAGUCUUCCCCUAUGAUUACCCCAUCCACAAGGUCUCACAGCACUUCGAUGGUGUCUUCAUCUCCAACGGUCCCGGUGACCCUACCCAUUGCCAGGCUACUGUCCACAACCUCGCCCGCCUGAUGGAAACCUCCAACAUACCUAUCAUGGGUAUUUGUCUCGGACACCAGCUUCUGGCUCUUGCUGUUGGCGCUCGCACCAUCAAGCUCAAGUAUGGUAACCGAGCUCACAACAUUCCCGCUCUCGACUUGACCACUGGCUUGUGCCACAUCACCAGCCAGAACCACGGAUACGCCAUCGAUGCGAGCACCCUUCCCAGUGACUUCAAGGAGUACUUCGUCAACCUCAACGACGGAUCCAACGAGGGUAUGCUCCACAAGACCCGCCCCAUCUUCUCGACCCAGUUCCACCCUGAGGCCAAGGGUGGCCCUAUGGACAGCUCUUACCUCUUCGACAAGUACCUCCAGAAUGUCCAGCUUGCCAAGAGCAACCAGGUGGUUUUCAAGGAUAACCGACCUACCCCUCUGAUGCUCGAUAUCAUGAGUCGAGAGCGCGUCGGUGUUGAGCCUACUCCUCUUGCCGCUACUGCUUGA